CGACUAAAUAUUGUCAGUUGCUAACAGUUUAGCGAGUGUCAUAGUCAUACAAGUACUCAAUAGCCUUACCAAUUGAUAAUUUAACGAAAUACAAAAUCAUAGAUAUAAUUAAUAAGAUUUAAAAAAAAUUCAAUGUUUAUAUUUUAUACGUACUUAUACGUAUAUGCAUAAAGAAAAUUGAUUCAAACUUCUCUGUAAUAAACUGUACUUUUAAAUUGUACCUGUACUUUGUAGAGUGAAUGCAAUUAUUUUUCGGUCACUGCUUAAGGUUAAGAGUACCUAUCAUCAGUACUCAGUACAAUAUAUUAAGUAGAAGAUAUUUCAGUUUGUCCAGUAAACAAAUAAGAGUUUCAGAAGAUAUUCCUAUUGGUGCAAGAAAAAUGGAAAAAGAAAAUUGAUGAGUGUAAGGCGAGGCGAGGUUCCUACCAAGUUGAGAAUGUUGAGAUCAAUGAGAUGUGUCUGCUAUGUGUAAAGCUAAAAUAUUUGUGACUUCUGACUUUUGAUGAAGAUUGCUGGCUGGUUAUAUGUGAGUCAAUCUACUUUCAUGCACCACUAACUGCAAGAUGGUUGACAAAUUGGAUAAAUACAUUGACAGUUAUUCUAAAGAAUGGUACCAGGCGUUCUUGCUAUUGAUGAUGGCCGGUACACCAGGGAUAUUUAAUGCUAUACAGAUCUCGUCAUACGUGUUUCUAGUUGACAAACCUUCGUACUGGUGUGAUGUACCAGUUUUGAAAGCGGCAGGAUGGAGUGACCAAAUGCUAUUAAAUGUUUCUACACCGUAUCAAAAUUAUUCAUCAAAAAAAAUUGAAGAAUGUUCUUAUUACGAUCGAAAUUAUUCAAUAUUUGCCAAAAAUGGAUACAAUUGGUCAAUGAAUAAUUUAGAUACUGCCAAUUCUAUACCUUGUCAGUAUUAUAGUUACAGUUCUAGAGAAUCUGUUGUAACUGAAUGGAAUUUAGUUUGUGAUAAUGUAGCAAUGAAAUCAAAUAUUCAAGCAGCUAUAGCUUUUGGAAAGUUUGUUGGUGGACUUUUAUUUGGUUCAAUUUCAGAUGUAUAUGGCAGAAAGUUUGCUUUCAAUUUGGCAGCUUUUAUUUACAUGUUUUCAGGACCAUCUGCUGCCCUGAUUGAUUCCUAUGUAUUAUUUUUAAUUGCAAGAUUCUUGAUAGGUGUAGCUGGAUCUGGAAUUUAUGAAUCAUCAUACACAAUAUUGACUGAGCUGACAAGUGGUAAAACUCGUACUUUACUUUGUCUUUUGAUGAAUAUGUCGUAUCCAAUUGGUUAUAUUUUGUUAUCAAUUAUUGCUUAUUAUGUGAGGCCAUGGAGAAUGUUGCUUUUAGCUUUGUCUUUGCCCAUGUUUGGAUUGUUGAUACAAUGCUGGUUUCUACCAGAAUCUCCAAAAUGGUUGAUGUCUCAAGGAAGAAAAAGCCAGGCUUGGAAAGUGAUGACUAAGCUUGUUCCUUCUGCUGUUCAUGCUGACAUAGAUAAUGAUAACCAGGAUAUGGUUGAAAUUAGAAAGUCAAAAAAAAGUCAAGGAAAGUGUAAGGAGUUUUUGUCCACUUUUACCACAUUGUUUUCUACUUGGGAUUUAUCUGUUAAGACGGGUAUUUCUUUUUCUUGUGGAUUUGUUUGUGGCCUAUCAUAUUACGUUAUUGCAUUAAAUGGCGAUAAUAUUACUGCUGAUCGUUACAUAUAUGUUGCGUUGAAUGGAGUUGUUGAAGGCUUAGCAUACUUAUCGACUAUUCCAUUAUUACUAUAUGUUGGACGUAAAAUAGCAGUUUCCGGUUUAUUUUUUACAUCCGGAAUAUUGCAGCUUGCAUUGUUAACAAUACCACAAGAAAGUGCAAAUAUUUUAUUAUUUGUUGCUUUGCUUGGAAAAUUUUGUGUGAGUGCAGUAUUUUCAGUUAGUUUGCUUUAUAUAUCAGAGUUAUAUCCAACUACAAUAAGAAAUACCGGUCUUGGAACAUCAUUGACUAUUUCUCAAAUAGGAUCUGUCAUUGCACCAUAUGUAGUUGAAUUAUUGGGAGCUAGAGCUUGGUACAUUCCAAGUACGGUGUGUGGAAUAUUGGGUAUUUUUGUUUCAAGUUUGGUUCUAAUGUUGCCUGAAACAAAGGGAACAGUAUUACCAGAUACUCUUGAAGAUAUGAAGAUUACUAGAUCUGUUAAAGUUACCAAUUGUUGUAAGUUUUAGUGCUUUUCGCCAUUCUGUUACUUAAUAAAUUAUACUUCUGACAAUAUUGACUUAUUGAUUAAAUUGUUUAAUCAAUUAUUUAAACAGUAUAAUAUUUUAUACUGUUGUUUUAUUGGAGUAUCACAGUUAAAAGGAUUGAAUAUUGAUAAGUUAUAAUUAUUAAGAUAAAUAAAAAUUGAAUAAUUUCAAUGUGUUAAAUGUUUAAAUACAAUUUUAAGAGACAUUUUGUAAAUGAUCUCAGUACCACAGAUUAUUUUUACCAAAUUAAACUAGAGAAAUUGUUCUAAUUAAGGUGUGGUAGCUUAUUUUUUAUAUUAUUGUUAUUGUUUUUAUUGUACAAUUUGAAUCUUUUAUUUAUGUUAUUAUUGGUAUUGUGAAAAUGUUUGAAUUUCUAAUGUGUUAUUAAAUUCCUAUACAUAUAUUGAGUAAAAUUUUAUUAGGGUGAUCAAGUCUUCUUGUAUGCAAUGAUAAAUUGUUAAAUUUUUAGAUAUGAUUAUUCCAGUUGAAAUUCAUACACGCUGCUACAUAUUUAUGUAACUUUAUCUGGCUAUAUGUUAUUAUUUUUAAUAUUAUAAAAUAAUUAUAACCAACCAUUUUGUGUUAUGUGUCUUAGGUUAGGUUAUUAUUAUAUUUUUAAUUAUUUGUAUGUUAUGCACUAACCCCAGAAAUAACUUAUGCGAGUUGUAGGUAAAUGUUUAAAUAUAUACCUGCUUAAGUCUGUUAAUUUAUAA